AUGCACACCAUCAAUAAUAUCACAGACUUAAUCUAAUUCUUAAAUAGAAUAGGACAAGGGCAUUUAGUUGAAAAUAUUUACAAUUUCACUGAGGAAGAAUAGAAUGAAUUUUUAUAAUAGGUUAAUAGGUUAAAUAAAUCCUAUCCUGGAGGACUUGAAUAAUACACAAAGAGUGCUAGAGUUUUUCUAAAAAAUUCAACUGAAAAUAUCAAUCCUUAUGAACGUUUCACUCCUUCUGUGCCAAUCGGUGAAAAAAUAAACUUCUCAUCAUAUGAAGAAGUAGAAUAUUUAGAGUCUAUUGGACGUGAAGAGUUAAAUUAAACUGCUUUUGUCUUAGUUGCAGGAGGUUUGGGUGAAAGACUUUAAUACAAUGGAAUUAAAAUUGGAAUCGAGUUUGAGUUAACUACAGGCUAGACGUUCUUGAAUUAUUAUUUAGAUUUCAUCAAAGCUUUCAAUGAAAAAGCAGAAUUAGCCAUUAUGACUUCUGAUGAUACCUAUAAUUUAACAAUGAAACUUCUUGAAGAUAAUAAUUAUUAUGAUUUUCCUAAGGAUUAGAUUAUAAUCUUGAAGUAAGAAAAAGUUCCUGCUAUGAUAGAUAAUGAAGCACGCUUAGCUUAAAUGCCUGGUUCUUUACUUAUUGAGACUAAGCCUCAUGGAAAUGGAGAUGUUCAUACUUUACUUUUUCAGCGUUAACUUCCUUAAAGAUGGAUGAGAUAAGGUAAAAAGUGGAUUGUUGUAUUCUAAGAUACUAAUCCUCUUGUAUUUCGCGCUCUACCAUCAGCUUUGGCUGUUUCUAAGACAAAAAACCUAGAAGUAAAUUCAUUAACUAUCCCUCGUAAACCUGGUGAGGCUAUUGGCGCUAUUUGUAAAUUGACUAAAGGCGAUCAAAAACUCACCAUUAAUGUUGAAUAUAACUAAAUUGGUUCUCUUGUUCCUAAGGAGCCUGUUGAUAAGUAUGGAUAUUCUAUAUUUCCUGGAAAUGUUAAUUGCAUUGUUUUUAGCAUUGAAGAAUACAAUUCAACUCUUUAAAAAACAUAAGGCUUAAUAAAAGAAUUUGUUAACCCUAAAUAUACAGAUUCUACUAAAACCAAAUUUAAAAGUUCUUGUCGUUUAGAAUGUAUGUAUGAAGAAUAUCCAAAACUACUUGAAAAUGAUAGCAGAGUUGGAAUAACUUAAGUUAGUAGAGCUUUUUGUUUCAGUACAGUUAAAAAUGACAUUAAAACUGCAAGCUAAAAAUAUCAACAAAAUCUUGGUCCUGAAUCUGCGUCAACAUGUGAAUAAGAUCUCUAUUCUAUGAACAGAGUAAUUCUCAAAUUAGUUGGAGUAGAAGUUGAAAGUUCAAAUGUCCCAGAAUAUGAAUUUUAAGGUAUUAAGCUUAAUCUAUCUCCUCAAAUUAUUCUUAAACCUUCUCUUGGAGUUACAUUAGCAGAAAUAAAACAAAACAUUAAAAACAACAAAAUAACUAUAAGUAAAAAUAGCUCCGUGGUUUUUGAUGGUGAAACUUUCAAAGAAGAAAAUGGAAGCUAUGAAAUAGAUGGGCAAUUCAAUAUACCUUUAUAAUAUUAAUCUAAAUCUAAAUAUAGAUCUUUUAUUGAAAUUGAUGAAAAUGCUCCCUAACACUUAUAAAUUAGAGGAUAUGACAUUAAUAGAAACUGA